AUGUGUAUGUCAUGGGACUCCUGUCCACCUCUGCAGAAGGACUGAGAGGAAAUGAAAGAGAGGGCACGAAACCCAAAGCUUCCUUGGCGAAACAGCUUACACAGAGAACAUAAGAUGAGAGAGAGUGAGAGAGAGAGAGAGAGAGAGAGAGCACUGCUCACCAAAAUGUUUUGAAGUUUGAGCUUUAAAACCAAACCAAAACCAUAAGUCACGGUGAAACAAAGGAACAAAUGAAAAGGAGGGACAAGCUUUGAACAACAGAGGUUUUGGGAUUGUUUGUGUGUGUGUGAGAGAGAAAUCGCUGGUAGUUUUUUGCGUGUAAAGAUCACAUGAGUAAUUGGUUGGGGUUUUCUCUGAGUCCGCACUUGAGAGUUGGUGAAGACUUUGGUAGAGAAGAUCAAGCUGCUAGUUUCUCUGUCAUGCCUUUGCUAUCUGAUGAAUCUCUUUGUGUUGCUGAUCCCUUUAGACGGCCAUCUAAUGGUACCCCAGACUGGAGAUAUGAAACCGAUAUGGAUGAAGGCAGAUUAAGUGAAGAUGGUCCAAAGCUUGAGGAUUUCUUGGGGUGUUACUCAAACUCACCUUCUGAUGAGACCGAAGUACACUGUCAGCAAGAAGAUCACCACAUUAAUCAAAACCAUGCCCAUGGAAUCAAUGCCAAUAUAGCACCUAGCUUCAACACUAAUAAAGAUAUAGAAACUGGGAAGAAUAGUCUCACAAGCCAUUCUUCUUUCAUCCAAAGUUACCAUUUCAAUGACAAUGCGCAAACCUUAAUCCCUAGUGACAGCCUUCAGCACUGUGAUCCAAACCCUAGCCAUAGCCAUAGCCAUAGCAACAACCAUAACCAUAACCAAGAAACUGGCAUGUACCAUGUGCCCUUUGAGAGUGCUAGUUCUUUUUCUGGGUUCAAGUCCUGGCUUAGGCAGACGUCUACACCAUUUUCUUCUAGUGGGGAGUCUCCAAAUGAAGCAAACAAUUGCAAUUUUCAAUCAUUAUCACUCACAGUGAGUCCUAGUUCUCAAAAUGGAUUAGUUGCUAUAUCUCCCUGGCAAGUGGUCGAUAACAGUACAAGGCCAGUUGCAAAAUCACUUGCUAAAGAACCAGUUUCUCGUAAAUCUAUUGAGACGUUUGGACAAAGAACCUCAAGAUAUAGAGGUGUAACAAGGCAUAGAUGGACUGGGAGAUAUGAGGCCCAUUUGUGGGAUAAUAGUUGCAGGAAAGAAGGACAAACAAGGAAAGGAAGGCAAGUUUACCUUGGUGGGUAUGAUAAGGAGGAAAAGGCAGCAAGGGCUUAUGAUUUAGCUGCUUUGAAGUAUUGGGGUCCAACAACGCAUAUUAAUUUCCCUGUGGGAACUUAUGAAAAAGAGCUUGAAGAGAUGGAGCACAUGACCAGACAAGAAUUUGUAGCCAAUUUGAGAAGGAAAAGUAGUGGGUUUUCAAGAGGAGCUUCUGUGUACAGAGGAGUGACAAGGCAUCAUCAACAUGGAAGAUGGCAAGCUAGAAUUGGAAGGGUUGCUGGAAACAAGGACUUGUACCUUGGAACAUUUAGCACACAAGAGGAAGCUGCCGAGGCCUACGACAUUGCAGCAAUUAAAUUUCGGGGUGCCAGUGCUGUUACAAAUUUUGGUAUAAGUAGGUAUGAUGUAAAGAGAAUUUGCUCAAGCUCUACACUCAUUGCUAGUGACCUAGCUAAACGUUCAUCAGAAGACUCGACCCCGACGACUCGCGAGGAUUGCAAUUCUUGUGCUUCAUCAUCGAUAUCUCCUCAGCCCCUGCUCGCCAUAGCAGGCUGUGAGGCCUCCGAUGAAUUGCCUGACAUGGUGUGGAGUGCAAAUACAGGAGAAAGUCAACAGCAACAAAGUGUUAACAAUAAUAACAAUGAAUCAAACACAGAUGGCUUCAAGUAGCAGGAAUUCCUCCAGUGCCUCGUCCAAAAUGCUCGGAUGGCUUAACCAGUGAUUUUGGCCAUGGAGGCGGAAGCUGCAAUUAGGGUCUCUUCCCGUUGCCGGGUGCGACGCACGAAGAUGAUAAUAAUGGAAACGAUUACGGAAGUAAUGACCAGGGCAUUGGCACAUCAAGCCCCAAAAAUGGCAUGACUAAAAAAUAGUAAAUCAAGAUGAGUAAAGAUUUGAGAACUCUAUACAAAGAAGUUAUUUACAGGACAAAAAUAGCUAGGCACGUAGGUGGUUAGCAAAUUGCAACAAGAAAUUAGAGGCGUUAAUAUUGUCUUGAACAGGGAUGCGAUGGUGGUGUUGGUUUUCUUU